UUCUUGUUCUUCAAUUCAUUGGCUGUUGAGUGUUGUUUAAUUAGUACCUGAUGAGAACAUCAAGGAUUAUUUGUUUUUUUCUCUUUGCCAAUUUUCUCAUAUUAUCUUGCAACUCGGCCACACCCAGUGCUCAGCUACCUAAUGUAUAUCGUCCUGCAAAUCUUUCCACCACAUGGACCAUCAAUCAAUCUACUAUCAACUUUACACACACAGAUGGAAGUAUUGGAUAUAUACUCGAAAAUUUAUUACCAUUUCAAUUUGCACUUGGCUUCUUUUGUCAAGGAAAUAAGUGUGCCUCUGAUUACCUCUUGGCCGUAUUCGCUAUUGAACCACUCGUUUUCCCAUUAUUUCCACUUCCACUAGUUCCACUUCCGUCCUCUACUGUUAGUUCUGAAAAACUUCCUCCUGUAGUUUGGUCAGCCAACCGAGACUAUCCAGUCCAGAAUAACGCAACACUAAAUUUCACUGCCGCUGGAGAAUUAGUCCUACGUGAUGCAGAUGGAAGAAAGGUUUGGACCACCAACACUGCAGGGAAAUCUGUUGUUGGCAUGAAUUUGACCGUGUCUGGAAACCUGGUGUUGUAUGAUGUCAAUAAAAAGGUGGUCUGGCAGUCCUUUGAUCACCCGACCGAUUGUUUGUUACCCGGACAGUCAUUGUUUCAAGGUCAAAAAUUGAUACCUAGUGUUUCGUCAACAAAUUGGACGGCUCAGAAAGGUAUGUACGCCCUUCAAGUCACUGAUAAAGGUUUGUUUGCUUAUGUUGACUCAAACCCACCACAAGCCUAUUUCAGUUACAUUGUGGCUGGAAAAAAUGAAGCUAAAGGAAAAAGAUAUGUUCGGUGGUUGAAUGGGAGUCUGGGUUUAUUCAUAGAUUCUGCUGUGGAGCCAAGUGAUCCUGAUUAUAAUAUUUCCACUUCCAUUUUUAAUAUUUCCAUAAGUAAUUGGUCAAUGUCGGCGUAUAUGAAACUGAUGCCAAAUGGGCACUUGAAAGUGUUUCAAUCAACAUACGAUGGGUGGACAGAGGCUGAUCUACUUACGGACAGUGAUUUUGGAGAGUGUGGUUAUCCUUUGGUUUGUGGGAGAAAUUCUAUUUGCUGGAAUAAGCAACAAUGUAGCUGUCCGGCACCAAGCUAUUUCAGACUGACUUAUGAAGAGACCCACCUUGGUUGCUCCGAAAUUACACCUCUCACUUGUAAUGCUAUCCAAGAUCAAGUUUUUAUUGCACUCGAGAAUGUCAAAUAUUUCACCUCUAUUGCAGACAUGGAGAAAGUGGACAUGGAGACCUGUAAACAUGCAUGUCUCAACAAUUGCUCGUGUAAAGCAGCUCUGUUUCAGUAUGAUUCUAACGUUUCAAGUGGUGAAUGUUAUUUACCUUCUGAACUAUUUACAAUGGCUGCUCUUCAGAAUAAUAGUUCUGAUUCAUAUGUGAAAGCUAAAGCUUUCAUAAAAGUCCAGAACGUAAGAACCCAAAGAAAAAAAACUCAACUUGCAACUGCGAUUGGAGUUUCUCUGUUUCUCCUUAUUGUGGUGGUAGCUUUUAUUAUGUACAUAGUCCACAAGAGAAGACAAUAUAUUGAAAUGCAAGAAGAGGAGAAUUUCGAUCAAGUACCAGGAAUGCCCACUCGGUUUUUCUAUAAAGAAUUAAAAACCGCCACAGAGAAUUUCAGUAAAAUCCUUGGUGAAGGAGGAUAUGGAAUAGUUUUUGAAGGGAUCCUGGAAGAUGGCUCUAGAAUUGCAGUGAAGUGUCUUGAUGGUCUUAAACGGGUUAAAAAAUCAUUUGAAGCUGAGGUCAAAUCCAUUGGCAGCAUUCAUCAUGUGAAUCUAGUAAGGCUCAGAGGAUACUGCGUCUGGAAAUCACAACGGCUUCUCGUGUAUGACUUCAUGAGUAACGGAUCAUUAGAUCGUUGGAUCUACCAUGAAGAUUUGAGGCACCCACUUGAAUGGAAAUGUAGAAAAAGAAUUAUCCUUCAUAUAGCUAAAGGUUUAGCAUAUCUCCAUGAAGAUUGUAGGCUACAAAUCAUCCACCUUGAUAUUAAGCCUCAAAACAUACUACUAGACGACGACUUUAAUGCCAAGGUAUCUGAUUUUGGGUUGUCUAAGCUCGUCGACAGAAACCAAACCCAAGUGAUGACUACCUUAAAAGGAACCCCUGGCUAUAUCGCACCAGAAUGUUGGAGCAGCUCAAUCAUCACCGAAAAAGUGGAUGUAUAUAGCUUUGGUAUCGUUCUCUUGGAGAUCUUAUGUGGAAGGAAGAUAUUUGAUAGAUCAUUUCCGGAAGAAAGCUGGCACUUACUCGCCGUCUUUCAAAAAAACUGGGAGCAAGGAACAUUGUUAAAUAUGGUUGACAAGUACAGUGAAGAUAUGCAAGCAAAUGGUGCAGAGGUGGUGGAGAUGAUGAAAGUGGCUUCAUGGUGUUUACAAACUGAUUUUACGAAAAGGGCUUCAAUGUCAUCAGUCGUUAAGGUGUUGGAAGGAGGAAUGAGUGUUGAAUCGAACUUGGAUUACAACUUCACAGAUUUGAGAAUGUGUAAAGAACCUGCAAUUGCACAAGAGAAAGAGCUCACAAUGCUCAGUCCUUGUAUUCUUUCUGGACCAAGGUAGCCCAGAAGUUUCUUGUGGAAUAUUUCUAUGCGUCUAUCUUUAUGAUUGUAUACGUACCUUAAUUUUCCCAGGAUCAACUUGAUAUAUUUUGACUUAGAUUUAUACUCUUUCGAAUUUUUUUUAACCAUCCAAAAAAGCAAUUUAGUGAGAUUCGAACUUGA